GGAAGGGAGGGGAGGAGGGAAAAGAGAGGGGGAGGAAAAAAGCUCCUGCUUUGCUGCCUGUGGGCCGCCCCUCCCCCUGCGCCGAGUGGAGCCAGUCGCCGCCGCCGCUGCCGCCUUCGUCGUCGGGGCCCUUGCGGGGAGGAGGGUGGGGGGGAGAUGCCGCGGGUCUACAUCGGGCGUCUCAGCUACCAGGCUCGGGAGCGGGACGUGGAGCGGUUCUUUAAGGGCUACGGGAAGAUCCUCGAGGUGGACCUCAAAAACGGGUGAACACUGCAUGGAGAAUCUGUUUCCCAGGUAUGGCUUUGUUGAGUUUGAUGAUGUGCGUGAUGCUGAUGACGCUGUUUAUGAGCUAAAUGGCAAAGAUCUUUGUGGGGAGCGUGUAAUAGUUGAGCAUGCCCGGGGCCCUCGCCGCGACAGCAGUUACGGUUCUGGACGCAGUGGAUAUGGAUAUAGAAGAAGUGGAAGAGAUAAGUACGGGCCUCCGACCCGUACUGAAUACAGAUUAAUCGUUGAAAAUCUGUCAAGCCGUUGCAGUUGGCAGGAUUUGAAGGAUUAUAUGCGUCAGGCAGGUGAAGUGACAUAUGCCGACGCACACAAAGGGAGAAAGAAUGAAGGUGUGAUUGAGUUCAAAUCCUAUUCUGACAUGAAAAGGGCACUUGAAAAGCUGGAUGGGACAGAAGUGAAUGGUAGAAAGAUAAGGCUAGUGGAAGACAGGCCUGGGUCCAGGCGCCGCCGCUCCUAUUCCAGAAGUCGCACUCAUUCAAGGUCUCGCUCUCGGAGCAGACAUUCCCGCAAAAGUCGGAGUCGUAGCGGUAGUAGCAAAAGCAGCCAUUCAAAGAGCAGGUCACGAUCCAGGUCUGGAUCCCAUUCCAGAAGCAAGAGCCGCAGUCGAAGCAAGAGCCGUAGCAGAGGCCAAAAGGAAAAAAGCCGGAGUCCAAGCAAAGAUGAUAAAAGCAGGAGCCGCAGCAGAAGUGCGGAGAAAUCUCGAAGCAAAAGCAAAGACAAGCCAGAGGAUGUGGUUCAAAAUGAUGACGAUGACCAAGCAAAGAGCAGAAGUCCCAGCAAGGAAAAGAGUAAGAGUAAAAGCAGGAGCAGGAGUGGUAGUAAAGAGAGAGCAGAAGAAGAGGAGGAGGAGAGGGGGCGUGUGAGGGGGAGCCGGAGUAAAGAGAGAGAAAAGAGUGUCAGUAAGGCUAGAAGCAGGAGCAAAGAGGGGAGCAGGAGCAGGAGUCGUAGCAAGAGUAAGGACAAGAGGAAAGGCAGGAAGCGGAGCAGGGAUGACAGUCGCAGCAGGAGCAGGAGUCGCAGCAGGAGUGAGAGGAGCAAGAGGCGGAGUAAACGAGACAGCAAGUCUAGUAGCAAGAAGAAAAAAAGAGAAGAUCAAGAGCGGUCCAGGUCUAGGUCUAGAUCCAGAUCUCGGUCCAAAGAAAAGGAGCACACAAAAGCCGAAUCUGACAAAAAAGAAGCAAAAAGUGAGGGUGAGGAAAUGGACACCAGUUGUAAAUCUCGGUCGAGGUCAAAUUCCAAGUCAAAACAAAAUGUCAAAUCAGAAUCUCGCUCCAGAUCAAAAUCAGUCUCAAAAACAAGAUCCCCAUCCAAAUCUAGAUCGAGGUCUGCCUCUAGAUCGCAUUCAAGGUCGAGGUCGAGGUCCCGGUCUAGAUCCUGAAGCUGCUGCAACCACACUUAGAGCUCUAUGAGAAGUCUUUUGUACAUGUUUGGUAGUUGUAGCACAAGUGAUUGGAGUAGAACACAUGUCACUGCUGUACAUUUUUACUACCCUCCCUCCCCCCACGGUGUGUCUGUAACUGUUCAGUCCAGUGCUCCCUCUCUGUAGCACAUUCUGGCACAAGAGGUUGAGUGCCUCGUCCAGACACCACCCGCUACCCUGUGUUCCCAGAAUAGCCAUAGAGAAUGAGCACUGCGUGUGAUGGGCUUCUAAGUUUGGAAUGGUGACUCCUAGGUAGGUAUGAUAACUUCAACAAUUUGCCCUUAAAUUGAUGCCCUUUGAUGUAUGCCAUUUAGUGAAAAGUGAAAAGUCUUAAAUUUCAUAUUCCCUUUUUUUGUUUCAUAUUUUGGACUUGCAGAGUUUGUGAAUAGCUCAGUCAGGAAAAUAGAUACCUACAGUUUAACCAUAGGAAGGGGAUGGGUGGGGAGUAGAGUUCCACAUUCUGGUAUUGUGACAAUAUCCUUGUUUUAUAUUUUUUUAUUUUUCCCCGUCUUGCAAAGUACAGUGAUCCCUGUUUCCAUUAAAUUUGAAUAAAGACUAUUUUUGCUUGA